AUGAGGAUGGCCUUGAGGUUAACCCGAUCAUACUGUGUUCCCGUCGAAGAGAGGAUCGAGGCGACGACACAGUCCUCAAGCUUCGUCCCUUCGUUCAGACUCCGGCAGUGCUUGUGGAUGACCGUCUCGAAGAGGCUGUCGUAGGCCCUUCUGACGGCCUUCAUUCGUCGCCGGUGUCCAUUCAAGUCGAGGAAUCCGAUGAAGGGGAUGUAGUCGUUGAUGUUGAAUACCCCGGUCAACUGGGUAGCUUCUUUGAGCGUCUUCUCUAUUGCAGAUGCGUUGCCAUAUACCUUGCCAAACAAAGUACGGCAGACUAUGGCCAAGAUCGUCGCAGUUACGGCUUCGCUGAGAUCCACCGCUUUGCAGUCCCCAUCGGCAGCCUUCUUCAGGGAGUACAGCAGCCGGUGAAUCUCCUCAUUCCUCACGCCUCGUAGGGCGUCGAUGCUGCGGGUGGAGAGCAUAUGAUCCAGGCAGAGAUUCCGGGAUUCGCGCCAGUUAGACCCGCAUUCGGAGGAGAGGACUCCCUUCCGCCCAUAGGUGAGGUAAUUGCUGACGUCGCCCGCGGGUCUGCUCAUGAAGGCGGGUUCCCUGAGGAACUUCUGCGCAGAAACGAAGGACGAUACUACCACCGCUUGGACGAGGCCGAGUCUGAUGCCCAUGACGGGCCCGUACGCCUCCGCCAACUUCCGGAGGGCCCGGUGGGGCAAGGCUCCCAAAAUGCGGAGAUUUCCUAGGAUAGGAAGACCGGGAGGAUUAGGCGGCAGCCUUAAGCUUAUUCCAUUGCCGAUCCGAGUCGUCCUCUUUAACAAUGGGAGAGCGAAGAAACGUGCCGCCGCAGCGGAUGCUGCCACCACUACGGCUACCAGAAGGCUAUCUGGGCUCAUCCACGAGUACAUCGCCAUACUGGCUCCUCUGAAACUAUGGCUGCUUAUCUGCACGUAUAUUUAUUGUGUGCGUGUGUUUGAGAGAGAGAGAGAGAGAGAAACGUGCCGCCGCCGCCGCUGCCACCACUACGACUACGAGAACUGGGAGCAUCCACGAGUACACUGGCAUGCUUGCUCUGAAAUUAUGAGAGAGAGAGAGAGAGAGAGAGAGAGACGUGUCAUCGUACCUUGAUAGGCAGGCAUGUCUGUCCGAGUUAGUGUUCGCUAGGAGACGGAGGAAACGUGCCGCCGCCGCGGUUGCUCCGGCUACCACGAGUACACCGGCAUGCAUAGUCCGAAUAUUUCUUUAUUUAUUACGAGAGAUAGACUGAGAGCGAUGUCGCCAUGGCCUUGCCGGAGUCGGGUUCAUACGUUGAAAGUCAAUAGUCGCUCGGAGACAGAUGUGGCAUCGUCACCUUGCAAGGCCGGCACUACGUCUUACGGAGUUAUUGCUCGCUAG